CAAAGCGAACGAGACCAGACGGAACCGAAGCUGUAUAAGAAGCUCCCUUUUCUGUGUUAAUCCUGGACGCUGCCAUUACUGGACUUUCCAACUCGUGGACAGUGAAGGUACCGAAGUAAACGCGACAGACUGUCCGCGGUGCGUUUGCGCGUGCUUUCCUUGAAACGUCAGGAUUUUUUGUGCCGCUUUUCGUGGGUCAUGAUACUCUCUGGUUGAUCGUUGGUUUCAGACGUUUCAGCGAUCUCGCUACAGGUGGAGGAUUUUCCUUUCUGAAAAUAAAUAAAUAAAUAAAACAAAGCCGUGUCGAGCGCAUAGAACCGAUGACGGCCGAGGUCCAGCAGCCUUCCGUGCAGCCGCCUGCCCAAAGCAGCCCGAUGUCCGCGCCCGAGAAAGCGCACGCUCAAUCGGCGGCCAUGGACGCGGCCUCCUCCACCACGAAAGCCAAAAAGACCAACGCGGGCAUACGGCGUCCCGAGAAGCCUCCGUACUCGUACAUCGCGCUCAUCGUCAUGGCCAUCCAGAGCUCUCCCACGAAGCGCCUCACGCUCAGCGAGAUCUACCAGUUCCUCCAGAGCCGCUUCCCGUUCUUCCGCGGCUCUUACCAGGGCUGGAAAAACUCCGUGCGCCACAACUUGUCCUUAAACGAGUGCUUCAUUAAGCUGCCCAAGGGGCUCGGGCGGCCAGGGAAGGGCCACUACUGGACCAUCGACCCUGCGAGCGAGUUCAUGUUCGAGGAGGGCUCUUUUCGGCGCAGACCACGCGGAUUCCGGCGCAAAUGUCAGGCGCUCAAGCCGUCCAUGUACAGCAUGAUGAACGGCCUCGGGUUCAACCACCUACCAGAGUCUUACAACUUCCAGGGCAGCGGCGGAGGCCUGUCUUGUGCGCCAAACAGUUUAACCUUAGAGAGCGGGAUUGGGAUGAUGAACGGACAUUUGGCAGGCAAUAUGGAGGGAAUGGGCCUGGCGGGACACUCCAUGCCUCAUCUGUCGGCCAACAGUGGACAUUCCUACAUGGGGAACUGUACAGGAUCCACGGGGAGCGAUUAUCCCCAUCACGACAACUCAGCCUCGCCCCUGCUGUCCGGCGGCGGAGUCAUGGAGCCGCAUCCCGUUUACUCGAGCACGACCUCGGCGUGGGCGCCCGCGCCGUCCGCUUCAGUUAAUAACGGAGCGUCUUACAUUAAACAGCAGCCACUGUCUCCGUGCAACCCCGGUGCAAAUCCGUUACAGCCGAGCUUACCGACACACUCUUUGGACCAGUCAUAUCUGCACCAAAAUGGACACAGCACGACCGACCUUCAAGGUAUUCCCAGGUACCAUUCCCAAUCUCCUAGCAUGUGCGACCGGAAAGAGUUCGUCUUCUCUUUCAACGCCAUGACAUCUUCAACCAUGCAUUCACCUGGAAGCGGCUCUUAUUAUCAUCACCAACAAGUCGCCUAUCAGGACAUCAAGCCUUGUGUGAUGUGACAGCACUGGUAAUCAUUUAAAGACUUAUUCAACACUGAUGAUGAAGAAAGAGCCACUUAACCUCUGCGGUGGGGGGAAAAAGUAUAAAACAACACCCAGGCCUGAAAGGAGCGGGUUCGUUGGAAAAGAAGAAGAAUGAGGAGGACAAAAAAAGACAACGGCGCUCCAAAUGACAGGCUUCAUCCAUAUAAAAAAGGCCAAAUGAUGCAAACUCGGUACAAGAACAUGAACAGGAGAAAAACCGGGUACCUUAACCGUGUCGGGUGAUUCCACCAGCCUUUCAGGUGAUGUGUGCUAAAUGUAUUCAAGCUAUUUCUAAACAAGACUGCGCAAAUUAUGAACUAAUGUGCAUCUCAAUGCCGAACGAAAGGAAGAAAAAAAAAGACAGAAAGCAAGCAAGAAAGAAAAUAAACCCCGCUUGGUACUAACUCUGCUGGCGGAUGGAUACCACUUGAGUGUGUGAGUGACUGUCCGUGUUGUCAUUCCAGGAAAAAUUCCAGGAUUGAAUUUUGUUUUUCAGUGAAAAUUGUAUUACGAUUUUCUUUAUAUAUAUAUAUAUAUAUAUAUAGGCCUAUAUAAAUAUUAUUUUCAUUCAGGACAAGCUGUUCGAUAUCUGAUCAUAGUAAAAUUGAAUUCUGUCUAAUCAGUGCAAGUGUAAAAACAACAAAAAAAGUUCAUCACGUGGAAGAAAAAGAAAAACGAAGGCACUUUUAAACCUUAAAGCGCAAACUUUAUUUAUUCUGUUUAUAUCUGGAUUGUAUAAUUAUAGCCAUGGUAUUGAACGCUUUAUCGGCAAUAUUUGCCCAGACGCUGUCUUUUUAUUCAGUGUAAACAGAAAAUGAAGGUUUAAUGUAAGCACUGUUUAGUUUGUUUGUUUGGUGUUUUUAUUUUUAUUUUUUUGUAUAUCCGUCUUGACACGAGUCAUUUUGCAGCACUGUAAAAAAAAUGUAUAUGAUGUAGGUAAUAUCUUUUUAGUAGGCAUCUUUUACUUUCUAUUUUCGUGUCUUUAGACAUUAGGUCAUCUACGCACGACAUGUAUAAAAAAAUUGUAUAAAAACAGUAAUGGCAUGCAGUUGGAAUUAAACUGUUGAUAAAAAAAAAUAUACGCAUCAAAUUUGUAGGUUUACCAAGAUGAUUAAAUUUCUUUUUUUAUUCUA